UAUAAAUAAAUAGAAACAAUUUUUUAAAAAAGAAAUCCAAGGAUUAAAAAGGAAGAGAUAGUAGUAUUUUAUAGCAAUGAGCAGUUAAUGAAUCUGCAAGGCAACGAAUAUUGAGGGUGGAGUGGUGUGGGGAAGCGACAUGAAUUGAAUGUCUCUAACACAUGACAUGUGAGUUUCUGAUGAAUGACUUUCAGUAAAAACCCGUAGGUAGAAAAUAAAAAAUUCCUCUGGCUUCUGGCUUCUCAAAAUGAAUGAAUUGAAAUCCAGCUCUAUUAUCUAUAGUCAAAUAUGAAUUAAUUAUAGCUGCUACCUACCUUCCCAAUGAAUGGGUAUUCGAGGAUUAGCGGCGAUGAUGACAGCAGCAGCCGGAGAUCCAUGGAUCAUGAGGGAGAGAGAUUUGGAGUCAUACUGGGAAGGAGUGCUUCAGUGUCUUCUUCAUCUCAGUUUCAGAGGGCUUUCUCAAUGACAAGAUCUUCAUCGGUUUCAGAAAGAUACCGCAGGAUCCACGACCAGGAGGACACGCCAAUAACAACAUCACCUUCUAUUGCCUCUAAGAAGAAGCAGAGAGGAGGCGCCAAUAAGAUCCUCAAAGCCUGUAAGCGCCUCCUUCGACUCUAGCUCUGCUUUCGGAGGAUCCUCAAAUAUUUUACCAUGUACCACUUUACUACUUUUCAAUAUUCAUUCAUCCAUCCACCAAAACUGUAUUAAUUUAUGCCUACUUUUUAUUGGAAAUUAUCAAUCAAAACAUUCGGUUUGAUAGCAAGAUCUGUCGUAUUCAAGGUGUCUCACGACUCAUAUAUACAUGGAAUCACCAUAACAAUCAUUACUGGUAGAGAUGUACAUCUCUGGUUGGAUAGUGGUGAAAUCACUAAUGAGUAAUGACUUUUGCUUUCUUGAAUUUUUUAACUAGAAAAAAAUGUAAAUUUUUAUGAGACCUAAAUAGACAAACCAACAAAUUGCUAAAGACAUAAUGAAGUCUAAAUAUUUUCAUUGCUUUGCUUUGUAUUCGAAUUUCGGCUUCAGAUUUCUAUUGUUAAUUUAUUUCAAAGGUUUUUUUUUUUUUUUGAUUAGUGUUUAUUUGCUAAAAACAAAGUUUUGGUUUGUUGGUGUUUUGAUGGAUAUGGAUGUGAAGUGGUCUGAUUCACUGUACGUUGGUAGAACAAUAAGGAGGAUUCCCCCGGUCUGAGUGAGGGAGCACAAAUCUGUAUUUUUUUUCUUUCUUUUUCUUUAAUUGAUUAUGAGGAUUUUUAACUGUUAGAAAUUGAGAUAUAUAAAUCAAAAUAAAUAGGGAUAAUUUUUUAGCCGCUGACUAACGCACCAUUACCUAACUGGUGAUAGAAAAAUUUCUAAUAUAUCACGAAUCCAAUGAAUUUUUUUUAUUAGAUCCCAAAGCAAAUUUAAAAACUUAUUAGAAAUUUUAAACAUAUUUGAGCUCAAAAAGUAUAAAUCCGUGUUAAAUGUAUCACACAGGUAGGAAUUAAAGAGAUCUAAUCCAAUUGAUUGAAUUUGAUGCAUGAAUAUUAUAAAUUCCUUAGUACGUAGAUUACUACAAAUAAAAAAAAAUAACAAAAUAGAGAGAAAGGGAUAUAAUUACAGUGGCUCCAAUUACGUACGGUUUCUUUUGAAACUGUAUAAAAUUAUUAAGGUGGCUUUUGAAUAAAAAUUCUUCAAAUAUUCAUAACAAAAUUUAGAGAUUUAAUUUUGCUUGGUCAGAAGAUGAUGUCCGUUUAUAAUUUGUCAUUUAAAUGUUAGAGAGGAAUCAAAAUUGGCGAUGAAUAAGGUGAGAGGGAAGGGAAGGGAGCGGGAAUAAUGGUUGGUGUGUGUUUGAGAAUGAAAGGAGAGACAGAUUCUUUGGCAGAAAUAGGAAAUAGAAAAUUGGUCCUCUGAUCUAAUAUUUCUUUCUAUAUCCUCUGCUCUGCUCUGAAUGCAAUGAAAUAAUAAUGGGGGACGAGUCGCCCAGAAACAAAGUGAAGUUCCUAUGCAGCUACGGCGGGAAGGUCCUUCCAAGACCCUCCGAUGGACUCCUAAGGUAUGUUGGAGGCGAGACUCGUGUGGUUUCUGUCCCUCGUGAGAUCACAUUUCCCGAGCUAAUGAAGAAGGUGAGUAGCAUGGUGGAGGGAGUCGGAGAUAUGGUUCUAAAAUACCAGCUGAUACCAGAAGAUCUGGACGCAUUGGUGUCGGUGAGAACAGAGGAAGAUGUGAAGCACAUGAUCGAGGAGCACGAUCGGCACCAUACUGGAGCCUUACUCCGUGCAUUCCUCUUUCCCCCUUCCAAGCAAACAGGUUUGGUUGCGUGCGAACCGUAUCUGUUGGAGCAGCGCUACAUCGACGCCAUAAAUGGGAUCAUCCGAGCAAGCCCCAGGAAGGGCUCUGCCUGCUCUUCCCCAAAAUCAAACUCCCCCGAUGCAUCCCCUCGCUUUUCCAAUUCAAAUUCAUUGCAUAGAGUCCAAAGCUCUCCUACCCUCACCGACCUUGGUGUGUUUUUGGAUCAUCAGCAUCAAGGCCAACAACAGCAAUAUCAUCACCCUAAUUUUCAUUUUUCUAGACCCCCCCAGGAUCCUCAACGGCUUGGUGCAGGAAGGGUUCCCUCUUUUAACUAUCAUUACUCAAACAUCACCAGACAACUCACCCACAGAGGAGACAGAGGAGGAGGUUACGCCUACUAUGAUGACUCUCCGCCAUCCUAUGCCCAUGAUAGAAUUCAUAGUGUGUCCAGGAGUCCUAGAAGAAAAUCUAUCUGGGAAUGAAUACCGUGUAAUCUCUUAUUUUCACAAAUUCACCUAUUGCUAACUUGUAUCAUAUUUUAUACAGGCCAGCCCACAAGUGUUAGAUAAUGUAUUUUACGUAAA